GCCUGAGAGGGAGCCGCGCAGACAGCAGUGAGAGAGAGACCGCCGUCUGGUCGUUCCACCACCGAACGCGAGAACGCGAGAGCGCGUAGUUUUCAUUGAGGGAGCUCCCCGGACGGGACGCGCGCCCGGCUGUACGAGCAGAGCAGCCCGAUACUCUCGGCGGGAGCACGGAGCGCGAGCGCGCCCGCCGACCCGAAGACUCUCACGUCUCUUCUCGAUUUUCCGCCGAUCACCUCCUCAGCAGCGAGCGGGACCGACUCGAGGGAGCGAGCACACAGCCACAGGCGGACGGACGGACGAGCGCGAGUGCCAGGACGAGCGACGAGUUGCAGUCGAGAUCGAGAUCGGUCCAGCCAACGGGAGGACUCGCGCGUGAGCGCGAACUCGCUGCUGGCCGAUCGACAUGACCCGGUCGGGAUUGCGGUGCCUCGCAUCCCUGCUGUUCCUGGUCGCUGUCGCUCAAGGGCGAAACACGUACAACUACACACAAUGGGAGGCGAGAGCAGACGACUCGCCACGGCGGGGCGACGUACCGGGUACUUCCGACGACUACGACUAUCCAGAGAAUAACUAUCCGAGACAACCACAGCCGCCGCCAGUGCAUAACCAAAGUGGCAACGAUGGCUACGAUCAGAACCGUCAGACUUGGAUGAGCUAUGAGGAACGCCAGCGCUACGAGGAGCAAAUAAAAUGGGAAGAGCGCCGGAAACUCGAGGAGCGUCGUCGGCAGGAGGCUGCGUCGCAACAUGGCUACCAGCAAGGUUACGGUUCCGGCUCUGAGUCGGGGUCUCGGCAGGAGUCCCAAGACAGAUACGGAGAGAAUGGCUAUCCUAGCAGUUACAAGGUCUACCCGGCUCCCGGAUACAAUGCCCAGAAGAACUGCACUGGUACUGGCUGCUGCUAUCCCAAGUGUUUUGCCGAGAAAGGUUCUAGAGGACCACCAGGACUCAUGGGACCUGUCGGUCCUAAAGGAGAACGUGGUUUUCCUGGUGCCGAAGGUUUUCUAGGACCUAAGGGUGACAAGGGAGAUCCUGGUCCACAAGGUCAAAGAGGAGUUCGCGGUGAACGAGGAAAAAUGGGUCUUCCUGGUCAUGCUGGACAAAAUGGUGUGCCUGGUAUUCCGGGAGCAGCAGGACCUCCUGGUAUGCCUGGACGAGAUGGUUGCAACGGAACUGACGGAGCUCCUGGACUUCAUGGAUUACCCGGAGAGCCAGGACCUCGAGGUUUACCCGGUACUCUGGGUGACAAGGGUGACAAGGGAGAAGCAGGACACUGUGGUCUUCUUUUGACCGGACAAAAGGGUGAACCAGGAAGCGAUGGUGUGCAAGGAGCACGAGGUAUACCAGGACCUCAAGGAUAUCCUGGCCAGCCCGGUCAGAAAGGUGAAAGGGGGCCAAUUGGAUUUACCGGACCUCAAGGUAUCAAAGGAGAGAAGGGUAAUAUGGGUGUCGGAUUCGAAGGAAAAAAGGGAGACAAAGGUGACAAAGGUGAAGUGGGACCACCGGGUGAAAGUGUUACACAACCUUUCGAAAGUGGUGGCCAAGAAGUGAUAGGACCCGUGGGGCCGGCUGGAGCUAAGGGUGACAAGGGUGACACCGGAUUCUACGGACAAAAAGGAGAGCCUGGGUACGUAGGAGAUAACGGUGUGCCAGGUCUAAACGGUCCGAAAGGAGAGAAGGGUCUUCCCGGAGCACCUGGAAUUCGAGGUCGAGAUGGAUACUCUGGACCUCCAGGACCUCCAGGAAGGAAAGGUGAUCGUGGUUACGAUGGAGCAGAUGGAUUACCUGGAGUACCUGGUGUAAAAGGAGAUGCUGGAUUAGAUGGACCACCUGGAAUACCCGGUUUGCGCGGUCCACCAGGUCCACCAGGCGGUGGUAAAGGACAACCAGGACCUCCUGGUGAGAAAGGUCCUCGGGGAUAUCCCGGUGCUAUUGGUCUAAGAGGAUCUGACGGAUAUCCUGGUGCACCUGGUCCUAGAGGACCCGUGGGUCCUAUGGGAGGCCCUGGAUUGGCUGGUGUGCCGGGAACAGAAGGUGCGCCAGGUGACAAAGGUGCUAAAGGAGAGCCAGGACUUGCUGGAUUCCCUGGUGAAGCUGGACCUCGAGGUUUCACUGGGCCCAUGGGUCCGCCAGGACCGAGAGGUCCUCAGGGUGAAAAAGGAUUGUCGAUUGUUGGUCCAGCAGGAAUGGACGGAAUAAAUGGACGAGAUGGUGCAAAGGGCCAGAAAGGAGAAAAAGGUUAUGGAGGAUCCCGAGGUCGUCCAGGUGAUUCCUUAGAAGGUAUUCCCGGAGCUCCAGGUGCUCCUGGUCUGCCUGGAGAAGCGGGUGUUCCCGGCCGAGACGGCGCACCUGGUUUCCCAGGACUUCCUGGAGAAAAGGGAGAUAUCGGUGGAAGAUGUACUCAGUGUCUACCUGGAAUCAAGGGAAUCAAAGGUGAUCGGGGUCUCGAUGGUAGAGAUGGAUUGCCUGGUGCUCGAGGUCCACCUGGUGAACGUGGAUUCCCCGGUGAACCUGGUCUGGAUGGUUUACCUGGUCCUAUCGGUCUUCCUGGUGCACGCGGAAAAGACGGAAUCCCUGGUUCUCCAGGACCUCAGGGAGAACAAGGUCGAGAUUGUGUAAUAACCAAAGAUCAAUUUAAACUGGAAAAAGGACAGAAGGGUGAGAGAGGUGAUGAAGGUAGGCCUGGACCAACAGGACCAGAAGGACCCAUAGGAGAAAAAGGAAGAGCUGGUAGUCCAGGAUUCCCUGGUACAAAAGGAGACACGGGUGAACGCGGUCUCCCAGGUUUGGAUGGUAUCCCUGGAAGGCCUGGAUUUUCUGGUCAAAAGGGUGAAGCAGGAUUGAGCAUUAAGGGUGAACAGGGUGACAGAGGUCGGGACGGAUAUCCUGGCCAAAAGGGUGAACCUGGUUAUACUGGACUAAAAGGAGAAGCAGGUCAAUGUCCACCUUUGACCCUCAAAGAACUAGCAGUUGGACCACCUGGAGACAGAGGUCCAAAAGGUGAGCCAGGUUUACCUGGUUAUGAUGGACAGAAGGGUGAUCGGGGUUUCACGGGAGAACCUGGUCCACCUGGACCUAUCGGACCUGUUGGAGCUCCAGGACAAACGGGACCUAGAGGAUUACCAGGACCCCGUGGAGAAAAGGGUAAUACAGGACCUAUGGGAUUCCCCGGUGAACCUGGUUUGAUCGGUCCAAGAGGAUUACCUGGAUUUAAUGGACCGAAAGGUGCUAAAGGAGAAGCAGGAAUAUCGAUGAAAGGAAGCCCAGGCUUACCCGGACCCCAAGGACCUAAGGGAGACAAAGGUUUAUCUGGACCUGUUGGAAAGGAUGGUCCAGUAGGAUACUCUGGUUUACCAGGAACUCCGGGAGAGAAAGGUGAUGUGGGAGAACCCGGAUUGAACGGAACCCCUGGAUCUCCUGGAGCCAAAGGAGAUACUGGCCCUAUUGGUCCUCCCGGACCACAAGGUAUCAUGGGUACACCUGGUACAGAUGGGCUUAAGGGUGAACCUGGAUUACCUGGUGAACCUGGAAGAACUGGUUUACCUGGAUUACCUGGUGUAAAAGGUGAUAUGGGAGUGCCGGGUAUUGAUGGCGCCAAGGGAUUCCCUGGACGUAGAGGACCACCUGGACUACAGGGCCGACCUGGUCGAGAUGGUGCACCUGGAUUGAAAGGAGACCGCGGUGAAAAGGGAUUGCAAGGCUUCCCAGGAAUGCCCGGUAUGGACGGAAAGCCAGGUCGCCCUGGAGACAUUGGACCUAAGGGAGAUAUUGGUUUCCCUGGAGAACCGGGACCGAUGGGCCCGAUAGGUUUAGAAGGCGAAAAGGGAGAUCGCGGAGAUCAAGGUUAUACUGGUCAAAAAGGUGAACCUGGUCAAGUAUCAGAGAAAGGACAAAAGGGAGAACCUGGCAUGCCGGGUAUUCGUGGACCUCAAGGACCACCUGGAUUAGACGGUCGAGAUGGUGAAAAGGGAGACGCUGGUGAACCUGGUUAUGGCAGAGAUGGUCCCACGGGAGACAAGGGUGAGCCUGGUUUACCUGGCAGAGAUGGAAUACCUGGUCCAAAGGGAGACAGAGGUGAUGUUGGACUAAGUGGCUUGCCUGGACAAAAGGGUGACAUUGGAUUCCCUGGACCUGUAGGAGAACCUGGAAUACCUGGAUUAGAUGGUAUAGAUGGAAUGAAAGGAGAUGUUGGCCCACCUGGAAUGGCUGGUUUCCCUGGAUUGGAUGGAGAAGUAGGUUUACCUGGAAGACCUGGAUUUGAUGGACCAAAGGGAGAAAGAGGACUUGAAGGACUCGAGGGACCACCUGGAUAUUCUGGACCUUUGGGAGAGAAGGGAGAUCGAGGUCCACCUGGCUUAACAGUCAACGUUAAAGGCGAAAAAGGAGAGCCCGGAAGACCAGGAUUCCCUGGUUUAGAUGGAGAGAAAGGAGAUAUCGGAUUGCCGGGACCAGUUGGUUUUGUCGGUGAAAAGGGUGAUAAGGGAGAAUAUGGUACCCCAGGAUUGUCAGGACUCCCAGGACCUCAAGGAGAGAAAGGUGAUCGCGGACCAUUUGGCCCUAUUGGUCCACCUGGAUUGACAGUCAAGGGAGAAAAGGGUCUUCCUGGUCUGCACGGAAAACAAGGCAGAGACGGUUAUCCUGGAUUACCGGGAGCUAAGGGAGAAAGAGGUUUGCCUGGAUUACCAGGGUUAAAGGGUGAUGCUGGACUUCCUGGUCCUUUCGGCCCUCCUGGUAUGAAAGGUGAUAUGGGUCUACCUGGUCCUACUGGAUUGCCAGGAAGGGAUGGACCGAGCGGCUUAGAUGGAAUACCAGGUGCGAUAGGUGACAAGGGUGACAAAGGAGAUCAAGGUCCGCCAGGACUUUUCGGUGCUCCGGGACAGAAGGGAGAACCUGGUUUGUCGGGUCGCGAUGGUUUGCCUGGAAUACCGGGAGAGAAGGGUGACAGAGGAUGGGAAGGUAGAGAGGGAUUGCAAGGUCUCCAAGGAGAAAAGGGAGAUAGAGGAUAUCCUGGUGUGGAUGGACAAAUGGGAAUAGCUGGUUUCGAUGGAGAAAAGGGAGACAAGGGAGAGGCUUGCUUAGCUUUGCCUUCGGAACGUGGAGAGAAGGGCGACCGAGGCUUGCCCGGACCUGUUGGACCUCCUGGACCUUCUGGUCCUAAGGGUGAUGCAGGUCAGCCUGGAUUCCCAGGAAUGGACGGUCCCAAGGGUAUGACUGGAUUCACUGGACCUCCUGGAUCACCAGGUCUAAGAGGUUUGCCAGGUUUGCAAGGACCUCCAGGACCAACCGGUCUUACGGGACCUAUUGGUCCACCUGGUGUUCCUGGUGAAAACGGUCUUCCGUGCGAGGCCGCUCCCGACUAUCUCACUGGCAUUCUGCUCGUGAAGCACAGUCAAAGUCAAUCAGUCCCCGAGUGCGAGCGAGGCCAUGUCAAGCUGUGGGAGGGAUACAGUCUUUUGUACACCGAUGGUGACGAAAGGGCCCAUUCUCAAGAUUUAGGUUAUGCUGGCUCCUGCGUAAGAAAGUUCUCGACGAUGCCCUUCCUAUUCUGUGACGUAAACAGCGUGUGCCACUACGCCAGCCGAAACGACCGAUCUUAUUGGCUGUCCACUAACAGUCCGAUUCCUAUGAUGCCAGUCGAGGAGACAGCUAUUGAGGAAUAUAUCUCCAGAUGCGUCGUAUGCGAAGUCCCGGCUAACGUCAUUGCUCUGCACAGUCAGUCGCUCAGCAUUCCCGACUGCCCCGACGGAUGGUCUGGUCUUUGGAUCGGAUACAGUUUCGUGAUGCACACCGGAGCUGGUUCCCAGGGCGGUGGACAAUCGCUCUCGAGUCCGGGCUCGUGCCUGGAAGACUUCCGGGCGACUCCGUUCAUCGAAUGCAACGGCGCCAAGGGUCACUGCCACUACUACUCGAACGAGUUCAGCUUCUGGUUGGCGACGAUCGAGGACCGCGAUCAGUUCCAGAAGCCCGAGAAGCAGACCCUCAAGGCAGGCGCGCUCCGCCAGAGAAUAUCUCGUUGCCAGGUCUGCCUGAAGAAUACGUAAUGAGUCGCGACCAUCAUUAUAAACUUGCUGCCCCCCUUCGACCAAGGACACAACACGCACACCGACCGCUCUCGAUGCACUUGUGCGCGCGUAUUGUUCUCGUCGAACCAGACGAGACGGCUAGAUAAACGAAAACCAGCCAACGAAAAGCCCCUUCAUUUUUCAGAGCCCGGUGUUGAGAAUAAAAAAAAUGCUUGACAAAAGAAUUAGCAAUCGCGAGAAGGAACGCAAAGAAGGAAGACGAACGAGAACGAAAGCAAAUUACAAAUAGGGGCUUCCCAAAGGAGGCUCCGCACCUCGUUACCGCUUCUCAUCUCUGCCUCUCCCCCCUACCCUUUUUCAUUCUAUCUGCAACCCCUUUGACAUUUCCUUCUUUUCUUAUUCAUCCCCCUUGCCCUUGCACACCUUUCACCCUAGACUUUGACUUCACAUCUUUCUUUCUUUUUCUCUCUCUCUCGUUAUCCUUUUUUUCCUUUUGCUAUUUUUAUAAUUACAGACUAAGUGCCUUAGAAUAUUAUUUAGCAUGUAAAAUAAAAAAAAAUAUAUAUAUAUUUGUAUAUUUAUAUAUCGCGUACGAGUCUAGCCAAUGAGAAAGAAAAAAUAAGAGGGACUAAGUCCUCGUUAUCAUUCUAACAUGGACACUGCCUUAUCAACAUCCAAUACUAUAUACUGUAUAUUUUUAAUAUAAAAGAAAAACGAAAAACAAAUGUUAGCACGGUAAUCUCGUAUGACACCAAAUAUUUAAAUACAUAGGUAUUUUUGCUACGUAGUCAAUGCCGCUGUAUAUCUUUAAUUCUAUGUAUACCUGUGAUCGAAACGCGCAAUGAGAUAACACAAAAGGAAGGGAAAACCCGAAAGCAGAGCUGUGUGCUGUUACUCCAUUUGAUUCUUGUCAUUGCUUUUGUGCGCUUCGUACACACGUUCUAAGAAACACGCCACGCGUCGGCAGAACGAAUUUAUUUGAAAGGAGAACAAAAUUGAGAAGCGUUGCCGCAAAAUCUUAUAUGUUGAACACGUUUUUAUAAAUAAAUAUCUGUUUUGUACAUUGUAUCCGCUAAUCUACGCAGCCAGUGCCAUAAUAAUUAACUUACUCUGAGUUAUCGAAAUUCAAAUAAAUUUCGUUCUCGCAUAUGCCGUUGAAGCUUCGCAAUAUCGUUGUAUCGCGCAAAAUGAAGCUUCACGACUUUGAUUAUUGAAAAGAUUUUUUAUACGCAGAUAUAUACGAAGUUGUAUAAUCAACAAAGUCAAAUUUCACAUAACCAGUGUGUCGUUCAACGUCAAUUUUAGAUUCUCUCCAUCACUAGUCACUAGUGAUUUACGAUCCAUAUACGAGGUGUUCAUUAUAUCUAACGUAGAAAUACAAAUUUUUAACUCUACAGUAUGUGCAAAAAAAGCAAUACACGCGGUCUUUCUCUCUCACUCUACGAAUCACUGCCGGGACUGAAUUUGAUUUUGUCGACUGUACCGGAUAUUUGUUUGUGCGUAAUCGUAAUCGUUAGUUCGUAUAUUAUAAAGAAGCCAGGAGAUUUAACGUCAAAACUACUUGAGAUAACCUUCUUUCAGGAGAUCUAUCUACGAUUGUAAAAGAAAGCUAUAUUAUAUAAUAAUAUAUAAAGAAAAAUUUGUAAAUUAAAUAUCAUAAAA